AAACCACUGGAAUCAGGUGCUGGGAGGGGGACAAGUGCUGGCUGAGGAACGGACGAGGGGUGCGGGACAAUGUUGUAGCCAGUUUAAGGAAAAAGUGCAUUAUGUUCGGCACCGACAGAUCAUUUAACGACCCGUGCGGAUCUGUUUGUGUGAUAUGAGGUGGGAAACGGGUCCGGUGCAGGGUAAGGCGAGAGCCUGUUCGGAUUAAUUGUGUAUCUCUGCAGAUACUCGAGCUCUGCGGCAGGCGAUGAGCUAAACCGUGCCGGUUGCCCCUAUGGAUCGGCACCAUGGAUGCUUUCAGUUUCCCCUUUAGCAACAGCAAAGAGGGCGAUGAAACCGCGGAGUCCUCGGGCCGACCAGGGACACGUCUCCCCGGGCAUGGCCCUGCAGCGGCGGCGACCCCGUCCGGAGCUGGAUACUGGACCGCCGUGUUUGAUUAUGAUGCCACCGCUGAGGACGAGCUCAGUCUGCGGAAGGGGGAUCAGGUAGAAGUGCUGUCUAAAGACUCGCUGGUGUCCGGAGAUGAAGGAUGGUGGACGGGUAUGAUCGAGGACCGCGUCGGUAUUUUCCCCAGUAACUACGUAAGCAGCGGUAAUGUUAUCUCGGAGAAGAUUCUGGAUACGCCGGAGGAGUAUUGCGAUUAUUCGGUGCCUCAAUUACACCUGCUCCAUAUAGAUUUCAGUGAGUUGGUCUUGGAGGAAAUGAUCGGUGUUGGAGGGUUUGGAAAGGUGUACAGUGCCAUUUGGAAAGGCAGGGAGGUUGCAGUGAAAGCAGCCCGUCGGGACCUGGAUGAGGAUGUGUCUCAGACACUUGAAAGCGUCCGGCAGGAGGCCAAGCUAUUUGCUAUGCUGAAACACCCCAACAUCAUGGGCCUUCUGGGCGUGUGCCUGCAGGAACCCAACCUCUGUCUGGUCAUGGAGUACGCCCGCGGUGGGCCGCUCAACCGGGUGCUGGCUGGAAAACGCAUCCCUCCUCACACGCUUGUGGACUGGGCUGUACAGAUUGCACGUGCCAUGCUUUACCUGCACUGCCAGGCCAUCGUACCUGUCAUCCACAGAGAUCUAAAAUCUAGCAACAUUUUGAUUCUGGAGCGUGUGGAGAAUGAUGAUCUGAGCAACAAGACUCUUAAGGUGACAGAUUUCGGUUUGGCUCGAGAGUGGCAUCGGACUACGAAGAUGAGUGCGGCAGGAACGUAUGCCUGGAUGGCUCCUGAGGUCAUCCGGUCCUCGACCUUCUCUAAAGGCAGUGACGUCUGGAGCUAUGGAGUUUUGCUGUGGGAGCUGCUGACAGGAGAAGUGCCAUUUCGUGGCAUUGAUGGUCUGGCAGUAGCUUACGGUGUGGCCAUGAAUAAACUGUCUUUGCCCAUCCCCUCCACCUGUCCUGAGCCAUUUGCUCGACUAAUGGAAGACUGUUGGAAUGUAGACCCACAUGCACGUCCCCAUUUCACCAGUAUUCUGGACCAGCUGACAGCUAUUGAGGAGUCAGGAUUCUUUGAAAUGCCAGCAGAAUCAUUCCAGUCCCUGCAGGAUGACUGGAAGCUGGAGGUUCAGGAGAUGUUUGACCAACUCAGAGCCAAAGAGAAGGAGUUACGUUCUUGGGAGGAGGAACUGAGUCGUGCAGCUCUACAGCAGAAGUACCAAGAAGAGGCCUUACGACGGCGUGAGCAGGAACUGGCAGAGAGAGAAAUUCACAUCUUGGAGCGAGAGCUCAAUGUCAUAAUCCACCAGCUCUACCAGGAGAAACCACGCGUGCAAAACCGUCAUGGAAAGUUCCGGUGCAGUCGACUUAAACUGCGUGAUGGGAACCGCAUCAGCCUGCCGUCCGAUUUUCAGCAUAAGAUCACAGUACAAGCAUCUCCAUCUCUGGACAGGAGGUGGAGCUUUCUAGGCAGUAACUCCACCCCUCCAAAUAGUCCCCCUGUUUUGCCACGCCUCCGAGCAAUCCAGUUAACCCCUGGGGUUGGAGGUCAAGCAUGGGGUCGUAAUGCUGCAUUUCAGUUUGAUGAAGAGGAAGAAAGAAAAUGUACACGCAAAAAAGGGAGAACCCAAAGAGAACACAGCGCUGAUGAAAGUUUGAGGACUCCUAAAGAGGGCAGUCGGCAGCGUUCCUGUAGUGCUCCAAACCUGCGCCGAUCCCCCAGACACAGUCCUGCUGUACCCGGAGUGUCCAGCCUGGCAGAGACUGAAAAUGAGGACUGCUGCUUCCCAUCUGAGUCAGCUGAUUCUCCUGGCCAAUCAUACCUCUGCAUCCCAUUCCACAGGGAUGGUCCUGCUGCGGAAAGCCAAGGCACAGAGAGCGGUACGACUGCUACGGCUUCUGACGCAUCUCCCAGUUAUACGCGUCGGAGCCCGAGCGGAAGCCGUAAAUCAGAGCUGGUGUUGCUCGGUUGCGGUGCGGUUUUGGCUGCCGUGGCUUUAGGCCAUAACCUACUGGACCUUGUGCGUGUGGAGGAGAGUGUCCGUCCACGAUGGGAAGGGUUGUUUCACCGUGCUGGUGGUCAAAUUCGCUGUACCAGCUCACCCACAAGGAAACUUUUCAAACGUGAAAGCCCCCGUCGCCCUCCCCCUCUGCCUGCUUCCCAAACACUGCUAUCUCUCUCAUCUAUCUCAGACUGUAACUCAACCCGAUCUCUCCUUCGCUUUGACAGCGAAGAGCUACUUGUGAUCCACCCAUCUAUGCCACAUGCCCCACAACCUGUACAGACUCCGCCUCCUCUGAAUCCACUGGUCAACACCCACCUGGAGAGCUUUAAACGACACCCUCGACAGUCUCUCACACCUACACAUGUGCCCUCUGCUCCCAGUGCCACCUGUAAGCUUCGUCGCACACCAUCAGAUGGCGCAAUAAAAAUAGGAUCUGCCCAUAAUAUCCAUAAUCACACCGCAACUACGCCCUCCAAAACAUUACAGGAGCAGACAGUGAGUCCAUGGAAUCUAAGCGAGGUCCCCUCCGAGGUGCCCCGUUUGCCUGACCCGAAUCUUAUUUUUCCACCUACACCACGUCGCCGUUUUCAGCCUGAGCGCCCCAAGACUCUUGACUUCCUGGCUAGGCCCCGCCCUUCUCCGCGAGCACGCUGUGGAUCCCAAUGGGGUGAAUCCCCUGCUCACACCUCUAGCACCGAAACCCCAUCCACUGUGGAGUUUGGAGGAGCUGUGGCUGUUCUUCCUACUCCAAUGGAACCGCCAACCCCGUUUUCCCCUUGGGUGAAUGACAGCCUUUUGGACCAACAGGAUGAGGGACAAGGCAAGGAUGGGACACGGCCUCUCCCAUCAGAUCCCAGUUUAACCCGAGAUUCGCCUUAUAGAGUGCGGCCAGGGUUCUGUUCCUGAUUUCACUUUGAUGGAGUUACCCCACUUAUCCAAAUUUCACACGGUGAUGGUUAAAGGGAUAGUUCACUUUAAAAUGAAAAUUCUGUCAUCAUUUUCUCAUGUUGUUCUAAAUCUGUAUGAAUUUCUUUUUCUGAUGAACACAAAAGAAGAUAUUUUGAUAAAUGAUGGUAAGCACAAAGCUGAUUAUAACAAUUGACUUCCAUAGUAGGAAAAAAAUAUGAUUAAAUUCAAUAGGUACCAUCAACUGUGUGCUUACCAUCAUUUAUCAAAAUAUCUUCUUUUGUGAAAAAAAUAUAUAAAAUAUCAAAAUAUCAGAAAAAAUUUGUUAUACAGGUUUAAAAAUACAUGAGGAUGAGAAAAUGAUGGCAGAAUUUUCUUUUUUGGGUGAACUAUCCCUUUAAUGUGAAUUACAAAUACAUGGGUACAGAUGUCGCACUUAAAAAUUUAAAUUUAAAGGGGAUAGUUUACCCAAAAAUGAAAAUAAUGUCAUUAAUGACUCA